AUGAUCGUGUCAUCCUUCGGGAUCACCUGGAUAUUUGGGUUGCUUGCUGCCAAAUUUGGCCACCUUGCUCUGGAGAUCGUGUUUUGCGUUUUUAACAUUUUAAACGGAUCGUUGUUGGUUUUGUUUCGAGUUUUGCUGUCGAGACAUGUGAGAGCUGCCUGGCUUGAAUGUUGCAGCUGUGCUACCGUCCUCAGUCUGAAGACAAUACAGACCGACCCCGGAAACGGAACUUUCGACGGGAACAAUGGGAGCCGGGAUGAAGUACGAACCCCUGAAAACCUCUUCCUACCAAGAUCGCUUGUUGAAAGUCUGAACGAACACGGUUCCAAUUUUGUGGAAAAUAAAAUCUACAUCGAGGAAAACAACUCGCCGGCUUUCAAAAAAUAUUCAACAAUCAACAACAAGAAUAAUAACAACAAUUACAAUAACAAUAAUAACAGUUUUAAAAAAAUAAAUUGGAAGAAGGAGAAUCUGAAAUUUUCUGCAUUUUUUAAUCGUUUCAAAAAACACGAAGACGGUUUCCCGCUCGGAAAAUUAGGCGAGCAGACGAGUGAUCUCCCAGUUCUGACUGCUGAAAAUAAAUACGUAGACACACUGAAAAGGUUAAGGAGUGUCAAAUCUACAAACAUUCUGAAAGGGCAAGAAGAUGUUUUUAAUGUUGAUUCUAUAAGAAAAUCGAAUUUUAAUGAUAAUAUCUCAAUGCAAGUUAAUGAUAACUUGAUGAGUGAUAAGUUGACGUAUAUCUAA